AUGCUGAUUCGAGUUCAAGCGACAGCAAAAGUCAAGAGAUGGAGUUUUUCACAUGACAAAUUCCUGUUUUCCUCUCUCACCACCAUUGCUGAUUCUGAUUCUUCAUCGGGUUCACGACAACAAUGUCGAUCAUCAUAUCACUCACGAACAACAUCGACAACCCAUCAUCGCCAUCUUCCUCCGAAGCUCCACCUGACCAAUCGUUCUCCAUUAGAUUACCAACAUAUCCUAAAAACAUUCAUUGCUCGAAGGGCGAUUCAGCCAGGUAGACAGCUUCAUGCACAUCUUUGCUUAAUUGGUCUUGGAAACGACACAAUUUUAGGUACUAAACUCGUUGAUUUAUACUGUUCGUGCAACCAUUUGUCUAAUGCCCACCUACUAUUCGAUAGAAUUUCUCAACGAAAUGUCUUUCUUUGGAACGUUUUGAUUCGUGGGUAUGCUUGGAACGGCCCUUACGAUGCUGCGAUUUCGCUGUAUUAUGAAAUGAUCAAUAAGGGCGUUAUUCCUGAUAAUUUUACAUUCCCGUUUGUUCUCAAAGCAUGUUCUAAUCUUAGUGCGAUCGAUACGGGGCGGGAUGUUCAUGACCAUGUGAUGAGAACGGGAUGGGAAACGGAUGUUUUUGUGGGUGCAGCUUUAAUCGAUAUGUAUGCAAAAUGUGGAAAAGUCAAUAAUGCACGCCAGGUGUUUGAUAAAAUACUCCAAAGAGAUGUUGUCAUAUGGAACUCCAUGCUUGCUGCAUACGCUCAAAACAGUCACCCUGAAGACUGCUUGGUUUUGUGCAGUGAAAUGGCCUCAAACAUGGUGAGACCAACUGUCGCGACUCUUGUCACCACCAUCUCCGCCGCUGCUGACAUGGCAGCCCUCCCACAAGGAAGAGAGCUUCAUGGGUAUAGCUGGAGACAAGGGUUUUACUUUCAAGAUAAAGUAAAAACCGCACUUGUUGAUAUGUAUGCCAAAAGUGGAUACGUGAAGGUAGCCAGAGUUCUCUUCAAUCAAUUAUCAGAAAAACGUAUUGCUUCUUGGAACGCCAUGAUUACAGGGUACGCAAUGCAUGGACAUGCAACUGAAGCGCUAAAUUUGUUCGAAAAAAUGACAUGUGAAGCCAAUCCCGAUCACAUAACUUUUGUUGGUGUUCUCUCCGCUUGUAACCAUGGAGGUUUGCUACAAAAAGGACGAGAAUAUUUUGAAUCAAUGAUCCACAAUUACAAAAUACAACCAACCGUUCAACACUAUUCAUGUAUCAUCGAUCUAAUCGGCCAUUAUGGCCGAUUAGACGAAGCGUAUAACAUGAUUAGGAAUAUGUCGGUCACCCCAGAUGCCGGCGUCUGGGGUGCACUGCUCAAUUCCUGUAAAAUCCAUGGAAAUGUCGAGCUCGGUGAACUUGCAUUAGAGAAGUUGACCGAGCUUGAACCAGAUGAACCUGGAAACUACGUGAUCAUGUCAAAUAUUUACGCGCAAGCCGGACAGUAUUCGGGGGUGGAAAAGCUUCGGGAGCUAAUGACAAAGCGGGAACUUAAAAAAGACGUCGCGUGUAGUUGGAUUGAAGUCAACAAUAAAGUCAACGCGUUUCUUUCGGGUGAUAUGAGUCAUCCUAUGUCCGAUGAGAUAGAUGCGGAACUAAAAAGGGUUGAAAAGUUGAUGAGUGAAGCCGGAUAUGUUCCUAACACUGCACCCGUGUUUCAUGAUGUGGAUGAUGAUGAGAAGAUAAGGAUGGUGUGUAGGCAUAGUGAGAGGCUAGCGAUUGUGUUUGGGUUGAUUAGUACUCCACCUCGGAGUAGACUUUUGAUCACGAAAAAUCUUCGGGUUUGUGAGGAUUGUCAUGUUGCAAUUAAGUUUAUAUCCAAGAUUACUGAGAGGGAGAUUGUGUGUAGAGAUUUAAAUCGGUACCAUCAUUUCAAAGAUGGCGUGUGUUCUUGUGGAGAUUAUUGGUGA